AUGGCAGCUUUGCGACCUUUCCUCCCCCCGCUUUGCCAAUAUGGCCGCUCGCUAUCGACCUCUACGAAACCGAGUCCCCGUCACCUCCUGUCCAUAUCCGAGCUCACACCGACCGAGUUCAGCACCCUCGUGAACAACGCAACAUCCUUCAAGUCUUCUGCUCUUCAGCCAACAUGGCCCAAGCGCACCGCCCUCUCCAACAAGACCAUCGCUAUGCUUUUCUCCAAGCGCUCGACACGGACAAGAAUCUCCACAGAGGGGGCCGUGGUAGCGAUGGGGGGACAUCCGAUGUUCCUUGGCAAGGACGAUAUACAGCUGGGUGUGAACGAGUCACUCUAUGAUAGCUCGGUGGUGAUAUCGAGCAUGGUUGCAGGGAUCGUGGCACGGGUUGGCCCGCAUGCAGACAUCGCAAAUCUCGCAAAGGACAGCUCCGUGCCCGUGAUCAACGCACUAUGUGAUACAUAUCACCCGAUGCAAAUCAUUGCCGACUUUGCGACCCUGACACAGACCUUUUCUACGCCGGCGGAGAAAUUAAAUGGUCUGAAGAUCGCCUGGGUAGGAGACGCCAACAAUGUGUUGUAUGACAUGUGCAUUGGAGCCAGGAAACUGGGGAUCGAGAUGGCAGUAGCCUCACCCGAGGGCUACAAGAUUCCCUCGAGCAUCAAACAAGAAAUCGAGGCCGCCGGACCUGGCAAGCUUUUCGAAACGACGAAACCCGAGGAAGCAGUCAAGAACGCAAACAUCAUCGUCACCGAUACAUGGAUCUCCAUGGGCCAAGAAUCUGAGAAGCAAAAACGCCUGCGGGCAUUCGAGGGGUAUCAAGUGACGGAAGAGAUGGCUCGCAAGGGAGGGGCAGCGGAGGACUGGAAGUUCAUGCACUGCCUUCCGCGGCAUCCGGAGGAAGUCAGCGACGACGUUUUCUAUGGCCCACGGUCGUUGGUUUUCCCGGAGGCGCAAAACAGACUCUGGUCGGCGAUUGCCACGUUGGAGGCGUUUGUGGUGAACAAGGGAGAAGUCAGGAAGGCGGAGCAGUAA